AUGGCGGAAGCCGCUGAUGGAGAUGACUCAUACUCCAAUUCCACAGGCCCCAAUGUUCAGGACAAUUCCAAUAUAAGGAUAGAGAGUUCGGAGACAGCUCGUCUUUUUCGUAGUUUGUGGAGCAAUAUUACGGAUGACAAUGCCCUUACUCUUUAUGGCUUCCGAAGGUUCAGAACGACUCAUCUACUCAAUCUACGACUCUUAGAGACUGAGAUCGACAAAAUUGAUCACCAGGUCUAUCAAGCUGGACUGAGUCUGGGUCUUCCAACGACAAGCGCAGAUAAGUUGGGGUUGAAGCACAGCAAGAGAGAUAGACAUGCACCAAGCCCGGAGGCAGUCCUCAAUCCUCAGCUUGUGUCGAAGCUACGCCAGCUUCUGAAGGAGUACGAUGAAGGAUUAGUCUCAUUCAAUCAGAUCAUGAUGAUGGAGACCUUUGCUUUGGCGGACAACAGCUGGCAAGCUAGCCUUCGAAGUGACAACCAAAACCCCUACGAGAUGUACAAAACGCGGCUCGUACGCGUUGAUACGGGCCUCGAACGAAGAAACGAUGGUGGCUUCUGCGGCGUAUGCGGCUGUGCUAUCAGUGUUCUUCUCUAA